AUGGGCAAUAGCAAUCCCCCGUGGCUGGAUAGCCUAACGGACGACUGGGAGCCCGUCCCUGCUACUCCAAGUCCGGUUCCGGCUCGAUCCAUGAACCAUUCCCGCGAACCCAGCCAGGACUCCCCCAGUCGCAUUCCUAUUCCCGCGCGCCACCGUUCUGUUGAACAGUCCUCCGCGGAUUCCAAGAAGAAGGUUACCCGACCGUGCCAUUUUAUCAGAAGAGAACCGCCUACGCCCAAGAGCCGCACACCCCGGACGCCGGCGAAACUGCGAUCCCCCGUGCCCAAGAACAAUAGCCCCCGAUCUAGAAGCAGUACUCAGCCAACACGGACUCCGAAGUCUGGAACGAAGAAAAGUCCGAAAUCCACAGCGUCAUCGUCGAAGUCGAAACCGGCAUCAGACAGUCCGAAACCGAAUCCCGCUGCGCGUAAACUUCACGCAAUAGACACGCGCUCGCCCUUGCGGUCGGUAUCAAACGUUUCCAGCCAAUCUAGCCAGCCAAGUCAGCAAGGUACGGUGCAGGUCCGCCCAAAGGAGAACAACAAGACGCGAGAGUCAACCCCGGAAUGGCGCAAGAGAUUGGUACACGGUGAAUUACCUACGGGCGAGCAACGCGAUUUGUUUGCACCUAUUGGGUUGGAGAGCGUCUUUAAGCCUCCAACUCCAGGCUCUGGGGCAACGCGAAAAGACCAGGUUCCCAUGUUCAAGCAAUCAGCAGAUAUAUGGAAUUUCAACGAGGGCAGUGACGUGAAUAUGCACAGUCCCGACAUGGAGAGCGCUGAUGAGAACCGUCGGGAAGGCACUGGUGACUCAAAAGGCAAGGAUCCAGCUUCGCAGGAUGCAAAGCGCGACAGUGUCAACAGUCCACGCACAUCCCCAGGAGAUGCGCUCAAGAUCAGGAAGAGCGGGGAGGAACAAAAUCGCAACGGGAAUCAUUCUUCUCUCAACGACACCAAAUUACGAAGUGCAAGUGGCUUGGAAGAUCUACGGAAUGAAGGUAUCACCCCAAUUACUUUCUCGCGGUCGAAUACAAUAGACGGCAAUGGGACGUCGGAAAUUAUAAGGUCAGCUCUGAAGCAAGUCACAGACAAACUGGAGGGUCUCUCGUUGCGGACUGGAGACCGUCCCGGCUCCCGAGCGAGCGAUAGCGCACUGUUGCAUCCGCAGAGCGAGGCCCAGGCAGAGGCUUUACUGCCAGAAAAUGAAUUGCUAGACGUGACGAGCAACUCAUUGCCUCAAGACCUUUCUAUGGGCACAUUGGGUGCUUUUGCCCGGUUCCGCCGCACGGAUUUCUUGGGUGAAGGAUCCCUACUCAAGCCGCGCCUUACUCCAUCGCCCCUUCCUUCCCAGCGUCUCUCCCCACAGGCACUCUGGAAUUCGCGCAUCCGAAGCUCACCUCCAUACUAUCUCAAAACGAAUCCAUUAACGGAUCCACCCACGUUACCAAGGCCAUCGUCGGCCCAGAGCAGGAACUCUGCGACCGAGAGCUCGGAGAAGGGCAAGGUUGAGGGCAUGCCGUCAUCCGGCAGCCCAUUGAAACUUUUUGGAACCCAUGACACCUUCACAAACAACAAACUUCUGCGACGGAUGAGUCAAUUCGAGGAGACCUUUGGUCAUGCGUCCGAUGAGGACGAACCAGUGUCGCCUUCAGAGGAGGCUCGACGGAAGGGCGAGAACCGAAGCCUGUUGAGCGUGAAACUAGACAGACCAUCUUCAAGGCGCUCGAGGAUCAGAGCUACGAACAAUCCCAAACUUAACCGGUUCGGAGAUGGCGGUCUGGACCAUUUCGAUUUCUCUGAUACGAGCCCUUACGAACCCAAGUUGCUGUACCAUGAGAUGCCAGAUCUCGAUCACCGCCCUUCUUCACGACGGAGAUCUUCUAUUUCUAACCAGCAUUAUCGGCGGACCUCACUCGACGGUCAUGACCACCAGCACUCUCCAGAUGAUCACCGGUCGUCCGCAGACGACGAUUCUUUGGACUACAGCGAAUUUAAAUUGAGAUCCACCAUACGUUCAAGAGAGACAAACCCAAAGAGACGCAGGACCAUACUGGAAUCAGGUAGUCCAGAUUAUGAAGACGAAGAUGGCCGAAACUUGCCAGGUCGGGCUGAUGAUCUUUCAUUGCUGCAAAAAAGCUUGAUGCAACACGGCAUCAACGACGGUGACGAGAAUCAUCCGGAUCAACCACGCUCCCAGCAAAGACUACAAUCGCCGACAGCAAGCCAUUCAAAUUCCUCAACGCGAAAAAGAUCCUCGUCGCACUGGCACCACCCUAAUGAUACCGACAUUGGCGAAGAGUCGCCGUCAGAUAUGGCUGUCCCUAGGGUUCAAGUGACCGGUAUCAACGACGAGGUGCGCCGAGGCUCAAUCACCACUCAGGAUUACCUCAACGAAGCGACAAGAGUCAUGGACAUGAUCCGAUCAAAGGGUAGAACCACAGGCGGGCUACCGAGUGUGGAAGAACUUGAUAUGGAAGGUGAAGAAGACGACAACGAUAGUUACGAUGACGAUAAUGAUGACGAUGAUGAUUCCACUCGGGAAGAGUUCUCACGUCCUCCAAGCCGGGAAGGUGUCGAUAUGCGUAAGCUCAGGGAGUCCAACGAGCCCAACCCGCGCGUUACGAGCUACUUGAGAAAGUUCCAAGAAAACGAUGAUCCAGAAUUCGGAGUCAGUACAUCUGUCGCAUCGCUCCACUUGGAUGAUGAUCAGCAACGAGGAUCGCCAUCCCGAGGCAGUCCUCCUGACUCCAAGGCCGGAGCUGAGCGCAACCAGAAUGACGUUUUCAACGGCCAGCAGGAACGUAAGGAUUCGGUAGGGUCAGUCGACGAGGAAGGUGGACAUGUUACUAUCGACUCACAAAUGUCGUCCAAGAGCAUCCCUACUGGCUCAUCGCAGGGUUCAUAUGCAAAAGGCGUUCUGUCCUCCGACGUGGUGUCACAUUUAAUUCCGGAACAAGUUAACGGUUUCACUUACGACCGCUUCAAACAGAAGUGGGUCAAGGAGAAAGUGAAACAAGUACCUGAAAAGCCAAAAUGCGACGAUAGCGAGGAUGAUCCGUUCAGGGAUAUUCCAGAUCUUAGCGUCGACGAAUUGCAGGAGAUGAUGCGAAUGCAGUCCAGUUCCCCGACUAAGACUGAUGAUGGCCGGCCGGCCGAUGAAGCUGACGAUCCUCAAAGUCCACUCAGUGCAAAACAGCCACGGACGCGCGAUGGUGCACCGUCGGUUAUCGUCAGCACCGUUCAGUCGAAAACGUCCCGUUUUACCUCAACUGAUCUCGACUCCGGCACCAGGGCGACAUCGUGGGAUACUGAUCAACACAAAAACGGAGAAUCCACCAGUGAAGUUGAACACGAGAUCAAAUUGCAUGAGGGACGUCUAUCAAAACCUCCUCGCCGCCAGAGAGCCCCCAAUCAGCAAGCUCGAGCAGUUACCGUCAACUUCUCGUCCCCUCCCGUCUCCCGUGUUGCAUACAGCGAUGACUACACCCCGACUAAAUACAUGGGCCGGGAGCUAGAUCCAGGUUUUAUUCAAGAGCAAGAAGGCCCGGCUGGCGACACGCGACCUAAUCCAGCUCAGACUCUCAGCAACCACGCAACUGGCGAUAGCGACAGCGGUGAAGAUGAGGCGUUGUGUGUCAUGCGACAAAACACCGAGGGAGCUGUAUCUACGCCACUUAGUGGUUACCAAGAGAAUUCUGUGGUCCGUUUCCAAGAGCCUGGGCAUGACACGAGCUAUAGUUUUAAUCUCAGUCCCCUACCCGACUUCACUGUGCACCAAAUCGACAAACCGCUGCACCUUGAACUCAGCUAUGUAGCCAACCGCACGAAUCCGACCUCUCUACGCCAGGUACACGGAACGUUUGCCUUGGCAACAGAGGACCUGGUCAGACACCUGACUGAGGUUGAGCCCUUCGAGCCGUACUGGGAGCACGUCCGGCGUCUGAUCCUCCGCGACAAAGGUCUCAUCACCCUUCACAAACUGCACGACUUCUGUCCUCGUCUGGAGGACCUUGACGUAUCGGACAAUGACAUCGGUCAGCUUAGCGGCAUCCCCGCCACUCUACGCACCCUCAGAAUACAGCGUAACUGUCUUACGAGCUUAACGGCGUGGGGUCACCUGGUUAAUCUGCAGUAUCUGGACAUUUCGGGCAACGAGCUGGAGAGCUUGGAUGGUUUUGGAAGCUUAAUUCAUCUCCGAGAGAUUAAGGCAAAUGACAAUAAUAUUCGGAGUAUCGAAGGGAUUCGCGAUCUGAAUGGUCUCUUGAGUCUCAAGUUGGGUAACAAUUCCCUGACGUCGGUAGAUUUUGAGGGAACUGAAUUGACUCGUCUCAAUGAAUUGGACUUGAGCUAUAACGUGCUUACAUCCGUUCAAAACCUGCACCUCUUGCCGUCCAUCUCCGCGGUCAACCUAAGCUUCAAUCGCCUCACUGAAGUUGAUUUCCCAGCACCUAUGUACAACUUGCGCUCGUUGAAAGUCUCGAAUAAUAACUUGGGUACCCUCGAUACCGCGGUGUUACCUUCAUUAACCCUUCUUUACGCUGACCAGAAUGCGUUGUCUACAAUAUCUGGGCUUGAAUAUUGUCACAAACUGGAGAUCCUUUCUGCUCGGGAACAGAUGGUGUCAGAGAAAGACAAUUAUAAGUACUUUGGCGUCGACUUGGGUCAAGUGAGGGAUAUCCGUAAGGUGUUCUUAUCAUCGAACAAGUUGUCCACACAAAGUGUCUCUCCAUCCGCUCCACUGCUGAGCUUGCAGCUCCUUGACAUCGCAUCUUGCAAGCUUGAGAGCCUGCCGGCAGAGUUUUCCCUGAAGUUUCCAAAUCUCAGGGUUCUCAACUUGAACUUCAACGCGUUGACCGGCAUUACUGAAUUGGCGGGUAUGAAUUGUCUUUCGCGAUUAGCAGUUGCUGGAAACCGGAUCACGAGAAUGCGAAGACUGUGUCAAGCCUUGAGCUACAUAGGAAGGACGAACAGAAACAGCGCCUGCUCGCUUCAAAAGGUCGACAUCCGGGGUAACCCUCUAACUGUCCGAUUCUACCCACCACCCGUCACGGGAAGUGGCAAAUCCACAGAGAACAAGAAAUUGCAUGGCAAAGAGGCAUACCGCGCGCGCGAGCGUUCUCAGGCUAAAGCCAACUUCGACCUCCCCGCUGCCCUGGCUGACAUGGGCCAGAACCCAAGCGAGGGUAUCCCUCACCCAGCAUUAUGGGGCGAGAUAGAUGGCGAGCCAGAGGACAUGGAUAUGGACGCAGACGCAGACAAGGACCGAGAUGUCGAGAUCAACGACCCUUACACCUUGCCCGCUGCAGACGCUGAAGCGGACAUAAAAUAUGUCUCUCAUUUGGACGAGCCAACGCGGUUACGACGAAGGAUCGUUGAGCUUAUGAUUUAUGCUGGAACAGGUGGUUCAGUAAAACACCUUGACGGGUUGGAGCUACGGCCGAUGCUCGAAGAAGGAUUGGAUAUGAAUCAUGCUUGGACGAAAUUGGAGAAACUGGGCGUGCUGAGGAAAAAGGCAAUUACGGAUUAA